UGCACAUGCUACAGUCUGAAAUUAAAGAAUACCAAAGCACACACAAUCAUUCUAGAAGCUCCCAACAGUCUUUGAAUCUGUGAUGAGCAAGGGGAAUGGUGAGGACCCCUGCAAACCUCUGUACAGAGAAAUCUCAGUGAGAAAUGAGAUGCAAUUUUCAUGUCCUUCUGCAUUUGGCUUGUAGGGAGUGAUGGGAGCCACUUAUUCGCACCAGAUACUGCAGAGAAGUUCACAGCCCUCCCAUUUUUCACUAUUUUACAAGCUGCUGAGAAAGCUAAUAAAAUCAUGUCCAUGUAUCUGUCCAUAGCCAGAAGAUAACAUCUAGCCAAAUAAAUAAGUGUUCUCUCUUGCUGAAUUGAGAUAAAUUGGGCUCACUAAGAAUGCAAUAAUUAUACCUGCCAAGAAAACAAGCACCUUCUCCCCACUCAAGCUACUGGCCUGGUGGGCAAAGUCCACUUCACAGGUGAGUGAGUAAAUGCAGCCGAACAUGUCUUCAUCUUCUGGCAGGAGUGUGUGGGCCUCAGGCAGGGCAGAGCCAGGCAAAACACUGCUGUUUUGCUAGAUUCUGUCUGCUGCAUGGCAUCUAAUUCUGAAGAGCAAUAAUAAGGAGAAUAUAAGAUUUUGCUUUUAGUGGCAGCAAGCUGGAUAUGCCAGGUUACCUAUCAGUUCAAAUCUCACUUAAACCAAUAGCAGAUUCACAGUUUCCAUUUUGGAAUAUUCUGUUGAAAUACUAAUGGUCUGGCAAAAAUGUCAUUGCCUUUGAACCUGAGAUUGCCUUAACUUUACAUUUCUCUGAAAGAUUAAAUUUCUCUUUCCCGUGUUCCCAAGGAAUUAAUUCCACGUUCUUUCAGAAGGAAGAGAUAUUGCAUCUAUAGGUAUAAUUCUGACAUUUUUACACUUGUGUAAAUCAGCAGUAAAGCCAAUGAAUUUUUAUGUCAUUUAGAAAAUAGAUGCAUUUUUUCCUUUAAUGCAACCCGAUAAAUUAAAUCAAAUUUGUUCCCUAUAUAGAGUCAUCUCUGAAUGCCCUGACAAAAUACCUCUACAAAUAUUUUCUUUCCUGUUACUGAAAAAUUCCCAUGAUAUUAGAAUGAUCAUCUUCUCUGGGAUCAGAGAUAUUUCUUUCAGCCAAAAAUAUCCAUGCCUGAAGCUCCAGUUAGAGAUAGAGUAAGUGUCUGCUGACACAUGUCACCAGUGCUUCAGAAUCAAAACUAGAAGAGAGCAGGUGCUAUAGUGCAGAAAUAUGCCUGGCAGUCGGAAAAUAGAAAAUUGCCAGAAACAUGGCUGUCUAAAUAUGCGUUAUAAAAAGAGAUGAACUGCACAUGAACUUUGGGAGUUGUUUACAAAAACAAGCAGAGCUUUAGGGUAUUAGAUGCCCUUCUCCUUAAUCACCCCAGAAUUUGAUAGGUGAGUAGGAGACUUCUAAAGGCAUCAGUAUCAGGGACAUAAUUCUCAUUGGCUUACAUUUCUGUCUCUGAUUUAAUGCCAGGGGAAGUGAUAUUCAAACCCAACUUUUGCCAUUACACAUGCAGUUGCCUAUGGGGAAAAUUAUAGUGGCUCUAUUUAAAGUAAACAUCUAAAGUAUCUGCCACCGAUUUCCAAUGUAACCUUGGAGAAAUGACAUGACAUAACGCUUUGUUGGUUCUGCUUCUCCACUAAGUUAAAUACUAUUGCAGAAGUGCACAAUUGUAAGAAGAGACAGAAUUUGUAUUCCCUUCUGCCCAUUUCCCGAUUUAUGUAUCCACUCCUGAGAUGUAUUUGCCAAGAUUAUCAUUCAGGAAUCUGAUGUUGUGGUUGGGUUGAUUACAGUGGCAGCAGUGCUGUUACUCCUUCUUGUUACCAAAUUUAUGUGGACAUAGCAAAAUGGGUGUGCCAUAACCAAGCUCAUACAGAGGUACUUGAAAGGUGCUCAAAAUUUAUCUUGAGUUCAGGCUAUUAACCCAAAUACAUGCUACCCUGAGUACAUAGUCAGAUUAUAGCCUAUGCUGAAACUCGUGCUCUUUUGUCCUGUGUGAUGAAGCUUAGCAGAGGGCUUGUUGAAAAUGCCCUUGCACCUUUUUUGUUGAGGUGCUGACUUUUAAUGCAAGCAGAACGGAUACCAGGUGUAGACAAAGUACGCUUUGCCUGUGGAAGCAGUGUGUCAGAUGCAAUAAACCUACAAUAGCUUUCCUGCUUCUUUUCCCUGUGCCAGUGGCCAGAAAGCCACGUUUGCUGCUUUGUCUGCUGCUUCUGGGGGAGGGACUGUAUCUGUUGGAUAACUUUUUUUCCUCAAAAGCAAAAGUCACUACUGUUACACUUAAGGAUGUCUGGAACAAAGAGCCCAAGUUUUUAUAUGUCACUUCAUGUUUUCUUUGUCCCAACUUUUUCUCUGCCUUUCCCAUUUUAGGAUGAGUUUAACAUGGCCCUUUGACCUAUGGUCUCACAUUAAUAAUUCCUCAUGCUGACAGAAAUGUAGAAUUUUGCCUGAGUGAAUAAUCAAUCCUGGGAUUUAGUCCCUUGUUUUCUUUAAUUUUUCUGUUUUAUUUCAAAGAGCUCACAUAACAAGGUGAGGGGUAUUGAGUUAGCAAUAUUAAAGAAACAAGAAUAAUAGCCUGUGCUGAUGGGUAAGAGUAAAAAAACAUGUCUUCAGUUUGUCUGUCUUAACUGAAAAUUAACUUUCUUAAUUUUCAGUGGUGCAGCUGUGCUGGCUUCAGGGAGGAGGCAGCACUGUGGCACCCGGCCUCCAGCUGUGGGCUCAGUUCUGCUCCCAGGCAUUCCAGCUUCACUCACAGCCAUGUCAGCUGGUGUGUUGGGAUGUAGCCUCCCAAAGGAAGUCACACGGUUGCUUUAUGAACAAAGAAUUUUUAAAUCUGCAGAGUUUAGAGGCUGGAAGUUUUCUUCAGGAACAUUCAGUUUGUGUACUUGGACAUCUUUGUUAGAUGUUAGACCACCUUUGAAAUUUUCACAAAUGGCUCAAGUCCCAUUAUUCAUGUUACAUGGGAGUAGAAUAAGCUCCCCAGUAGUGUAUUCACUGAGACUUACAGCUGGACCAUAUAAGGAGAAGAUAUGUGUUUUCUCUGAAACCUGCUUUGGUGUUUACUAUAAAAUGCACACAGAGCUAAAAUCUUUAUGUUGUGCAUGGAUUUUAUCACAGAUAAAACCUUAUUGUUCUAAAGAGGGGAGUGCUGACUAAGCAAAGGAUGCAUGAAUCCUAAUAUUGUGUCCAUCUCACCAAUCCUCUUGUCAUCAACUGCUCUGCCCACAAAAAUAUGUCACUCCUGCUUAGUGCAUUCAAAGACACCCAUCUGAUGACAGAAUUUAUCCAGAGUUUUAUGCUGCAUGAGUAAGUACUUUGUGGCCCUUCUCCAGGUACACAUGGGGACAAAUAUUCCCUGAAAUGUGAAUUUUCUGACUAUGGGUGGUCUUGCUGUCCACAGGCACAUCCAAGCACAAAUACCCAGUGCAUGAAGAUUCUGCCCUCUCUCAGCGUGCCAAAUGAAAGCAACUUAACACAUUGUGCAACAGCAGAGUUAGUGUGGUGGGUAGAGAUACAAGGAGAGAGUGGAGCUCCUUGUGCCCACAGCUCAGCAGGGGGAGCAGCUAAAUUUCACUACAGUGGCUUUGGGGUCUCCCGUGGACUUUCACUUACUGGAUCAUUUUUAUCACAUACGUUCCCUUCCCUCACCCCAUACUGACACUUGCUAUUGGCACUCCCAGUGCUUUAAAUCCAGGCUGAGGUGGUUUUGGACCUUCCUUGCUAACUUUAUGCCAGGGAUGAGUUUCCCUGUGCGAGGGAGAUUCUCCAUCCAAUUUCAAGUGCUGUGCAUUGCUGAGACACAAAGUAUCUUAACAGACUGGAGAAUCUGAUCCAGGAACCUUAUAAAGUAGCAGGAAUAUUUGGGUGUAUCCCAAAGAAACCAUUAGCACCAGUCUCAGAAUGCAAGACAGUAGGAUUACACAGUGCCCAGUAACUCUGCACUUCAUAAGUGAUAGCAUAUUUAGAACAGAAAAAGAUUUUUAGGGAGGAGUGGUUUGCUUUUAGCUCUUUAAGAUAGCUGUUAACUAACAAAACUGCUGCUUUAGACAAACUCCCUUUACAAAGCAGUUUAUGACGAUCAGGUUACAAAGUUCAAAAUGAUCAUACUAAAAAAUAUAACCCUGAAAACUGGGUCUGGAAGGCAGCAAAAAUCUUCCUUUACAACAUGGACGCUAAUAAAAGAAACCUAAAAUUGCCUAUUGUCAUAGCUUUAAUAUUAACACUAGCCGUUUUGGCAAGCUUUAAAGACUGGACUGCACUAUAAAACCUAAAAAUGUCCUGGACUUGGAGUUGUUUACACAAAAUAUGAGGAGAUAUAAAGUUACAGAGCUGGGGGUUGGAAGAGAUGGCUUUAAAACCAUCCUCCAUGCACUGACGUCAUGUGGAAGCCAGCUGCUGGGAUGAUGUUGAACGGAACUGUUUUUCAGUUUGCAAAAGUUGCGGAGUUAUUCAAAGGGAGUUGCAAAUGCUGCCUUAGUUGAAAGGUUGUGUCUUGCUUAGCUUGCUUAUUUCUUUUAAAGAUCAAGAUUCGCAGAACUGGAUCCCAGCUAGCUAUUUCAUUGCUUUCACUGCUGUUUAGAAAUGGACUGAAAAACUUCUAACGGAUUUCUUAUUCCAUGAAAGGAAACAUUGAGGGAAGACAGAAAAAAAGCAGAGCUAUCUUCUUGCUGUUACACAGACUGUAACCAUGGACCUGCGUAAACAACUGGAGAAUACUGAGAGGAACUGGAAUAAAGAGAAGAUGGAAUUGCUGGAGAGAUUUGACAAUGAAAGGAAAGAAUGGGAAUGUCAAUGGAAGGUCAUGCAGAAGAAAAUAGAAGAGCUUUACCAGGAGGUAAAACUUAGAAGGGAGGGCAAUAUGAAUGUCCAUGAUGAUAAGGCCAUUCAGAGCAAGAUGCUGCAGCUGUCCAGGCAUUCCCCUACUUCGGAAGAGAGUGACACAGUGGAGCUGAACUAUCAACACAAUGUGGCAAAUGACAGGAUGGAAAAAGGGAGUUUCCUCAGUAAAACUGGUCACGAAUGUAAAGAAACCAUAGCCAAGAGCAGAAACAAUACUCUGUUAAUGGACAGUCUGGCCUUUGAGAACUGUGAGGAACCUGAAGACAGCCUCAGCAUCAGAACUUCCAAGAAAAAUGCCAAGAAUUAUAUUGGUGAUCUCAAUGUAGCUCUUAAAGAACUUGCCAGAGUCAGUGAAGAAUUAUGCAUCUAUCAAGAGGAAAUUCGAAAGAAGUCCAACCACAGAAGAAUGAAGUCACUUCCUUUCCUGGGGGAAUUUGAGGAAACCCAAAGCACAGUUAUUCUGCCUGAGAUGAACCAUGUGUCCAGCAAUGAAUCACAGACUUCAGUUGCUUUUGAAACAGAGGAACAGAAUAAUAGGAAGAAUCUGAUGAGCUCCACCAAGGCUUUGAAGGACAUAUCUUAUGGUGGUCUUACUGGUGACAAUGGAACAGACUUCAGACCUUGGCAAAAGAAAGAAGCUCCACCAGUUCCUCCACGGAGCACUUCUCGCCACCUAACAAACUCACUUUCUGCAGUUGUACAGCUUUCUGAAGCACCAAUAAGAGAUCCAGGCAUCAAAAGUAAUUGCAAGGCUCAGGACUGUAGGAGUGGAAGGAAACUGAUGAAUCCUUCACCUAUAGACCAGAAUGAAAGUGCAGCAGCCUGUGCAAAUGAAGGCCAGGCUGUGAAAGGUCCUGUGACGGUAGCUGCUGCAAUACCUGUAACCAGAAAUGAGUGCUAUGUACCAACAAGUUUCUGCCACAACACGUGGGCAUAUGAUGUGGGCAAACUUGGAAAAGACAGUAGAAGUGAACCUUCCCCACUGUCAGCCCAAAAGAGUUGUUCAGAUGGGAAUAUGGCCCAAAGCAACAAGAUGCACCAGAAACAAAAUCCCAAGUCUCACAGCAGCCCUUAUUACAGUAAUGACUUUUAUGCCCCUGCUACCCUGCACAAUGAUCUUUUGGAAGACUCUAGGUAUACUUUAGGAAAGACCCAAAGAAAUGAAAUUUUAGCAGCAAAGAUCGAUGAGUUUAACCGGACUGUAUUUCACACAGAUAAACGUAACAAUGCUUUACAAGAAAACCCGGUACUUCAAACAGCAUCAGAAGAUCACAAACCCUGUGAUCCACUGUGUGACUCAGCUAUUAGCAGGACAGAAACUGUGAAUACAUCUUGUGUUUCAAAUCCCAAAUUCCCUGCAGCAAAGGAGCAAGAAACUAGCAACUCCAGCAAAGCUAUCAGAAUAGCAGGACAACAAAAGCAAAUAAAUGGGCUUCCAAAUACUAGUGGUUAUAGGCACAUGCUUCACGAGCAUGACUGGAGACCAAGUAAUUUAUCCGGUCGUCCACGUUCAGCUGACUCAAGGUCGAACUAUGGUGUUGUUGAAAAGCUUUUGAAAAACUAUGAAAAAUCAACAGUCACUUCUCCAUGUAAUGCAAAAUGCUGCAAAGAUAAGUGGACACGGGCAAAUCCUGAAUUCACUGAUGGGGGUUGUGAGACAUUGAGUCAGUAUUUAGAAAUGCUCCAGACUGAACAAGGAAAGCAAGAAUGUCCAAGGAAUUCAGCCAGGCAUACUGGGCAGCAACUCAAGCAAGGAAAAGAGAGACAGAAGUUACCAGAGAUAUCUGUGCCAGCUAAAUGUUCAAGUGGGAAGGGUUUCUCCCGGCCUGCUCGGCCAGCAAAUCGACGCUUACCUUCCAGAUGGGCAUCCAGAUCACCUUCAGCACCGCCUGCUGUGAGAAGAACGGCGUACAACUGCUCUGUCUCCUUUCGGUCAGAGACCUCCGUAGUCUGAACCCAGAGCUGGGUUGGACUGUGUUGUGAAAGCUCUACACCUCAUUAUAACUGUGUUUGGUAUGUGUUAUAGCAGCCAGUUCUACACUGUUGUAUCUUGUCCAAGAGUGACCCCCACCACAGGCUGGACAAAGCGUUUUGAAUCUUAGGUCAUCAUCACCAUGGUCUUCAGUGUUUUUAUUGAGACAAAAUAACUAUACCCCUGGUUUUCUCGGUUUUUUUGGUAAUAGCUCACAAGGAAUUUCUUUUGAAUGGCAUCUCCCCCAAUUUGCCAAUCAAUUUUGAGUUGAAACAAUGUAUAGUGCUGUAUAUUCUGACUCUUCUGCAAACAGCAGAAGGUAAAGCUGUAUGCAUGAUCAUGUGUUUGUAGGUGCAUGUGUUGGACUAGGAAGUAUACAGUCUGUAUUUAGAAGAGACAAACUGUGCUAGUGUUGACAUUGAAAUUACAACCUAUAUGCCUACAUAUAUAUAUAAUUUGUGUUUAUUUUAAAAAGUUUGAAAUAUACAGUCCUGAUGACAUUUAUAUUUUGUAUAUCUUUUACAUAGGUUCACAGGUGUAGUAUUUAAUGUACAAAAACUAAAUAUGCAUUUUUGUGACUGAUUGCAGCGAUAAUGCCUUGCACAAUAUGUAUCUGAAGCAGACUAGCUCGACUGAUCCAUCAGUCAUGCUUCAUGGCAUCCUCUUUCAGUUUCCUAACCCUUAUGAUGCUAGGUCAAAAUACCCAAACAUAUUUUUUCUGAAUUAAAAUACUAUAUGAUUUGUAAUACAUUAGCCUUUUUCAGCACCAGAGACAUUCCUGAAAUGUUCCAAUUCCUUUAAAAAGCUUAAAUGUGCCAUUAUAUAUAUAGCAUACUGUAAACACUUAGGUAAUUUCAACUAGUGUUACACACAAUUUAUGAAGGGAAGAAAAGGGUUGUAUAUGCUCAAUUCUGUAAAACUUAUUUUUCCUUCUAGCAUUAUACUUUGAGGUUUGGCAAAGUCAGAUAACAAUGGACUUGUUUACACUCAAGGCAGGAGAACAAGGACCGUUGUUCCCAGUGCUGCAGCCACCACACUCCUUUUUUACUCUUCUAGACUAGAGUGCCUGAGCCACUUGCUAAUUUACUGCUCCCGGACUGACUCGUGGCAGUCAGUUAUGAAGUUUACUUGCACUCUGGCAACCAGCUGCAUCUAGUACGGAAAUAUUGCAUCGAGGUAUAAUCACAAUGGUGCCCAAAAUCCUAGACACAUGGUGUUGGAAGUGUGUUUUUGGCAUCACUUGACUCGGUAUUAUGGAACAUCUGAAUGACCUGCACAGAGCCUGGCUUGUUCCUUCCCACAGCAUGAAAGAAAUAUGGAUGCUGCCCAGACUCUUGCUGAACUUUCAGAAAGACAAUGUCCCUCAUCCUGGAGUUUUUCCACCCUUCUCUAGGCCGUUGCUGGAUGCAUAGUGGGGUAAUGAUGAUAAAUGUUACCUUUAAACAGCAUGUCUAGGUUAAAAGGAGUAAAGAGGCACUUCUUCAACAUCA